CGCCGUGCGAGUGUCAUGAUGGACACAUUCAUGAAACCCGGGCAGCAGACAAUAUUUGCUUGUAUACGGAGCAAUCACCAUAUCAACAACCAAGUCACUUGACCUCCGAGUCUUCCGGCAGCCAGCGGCAGCCUAUCCUGUGAUAGUGUGUAUCCGUGCACGUCGCGAACACUCUGAUGGUGACAAUCAUUGAUACCGACAAUCUGCCAAAUCCUGGUUCUACAUUAUUCCUGCCGUCCUUGCUUGCCCAUAUACGUGCUGCUGCUCCUGGUCUACCGCUUGAACCCAUCAUCAUCCAGGUUUUACUUCUUUGUAUCGUUUCAGGGGAUAGAAAUCUAAUCCUGCGGACCCGUGAAGAGGAUAUCGGUCUUGUGUCCAGACUUGCGACUAUUUCACUCACAUCUGUCUUCGGUUACAUCACCCACAAACUUAGAUGUCAUGUUGAUGCCAAGUCUCAGACACCCGCUAAAUUUCUGCGAUCUCUCUUUCUCCCACCCCCAGCUGCCAUCGCCACCGAUGGCUCGAUAUCAUCCCCGCAUAGGCACCAUCGUUCAUCCACGACAGUGCACAGCAGGAAGUCUUCUUUUCCGAUGUCAAGCUCUUUUUCAAGCGACAUCGCGCGGUCCAUUCAGCGUACCUCGCAACUAGCCUCUGAUGAUCUGACUGCCGGUACUGAUGGCGGACCCUUCACAGAAACACGCUCGAUGUCAACGCGCCUGAGCCUCCAAACUGAGCCCUCCGUGCCCAAUUUUGGUUCAAGUGGCAAUACCACGAUCAAUGCCCGUCAUGCAUCACAUGUCAGCCCAGACGUGCCUAAGAUACCAUCUGCAAUUGUCGUCUCUGGAUUAGAACAUGCUAGUCUACCUGCGCAGCGUGCUGUCUUACGGACUCUUGCAGAGAAGAAGCUCGUCGUGGCGGACAACCACUCAGACAACGAGCCAGAAUUGCUGCUUGAUCUGCCAGACGACUUUAUCAUGGUCUAUGUAUGUCGCUUAGAUCCACAUGAGAGACCUCCUAUAUACACUAGCCUGCUCGACUGGUUUGCUAUGAGUACGCCUAUCACUGUUCAGCUAUCCACGCGAACCGCGAUGCAUCAUUAUCAACCUCACCGCUCUUCAACACCAUCCACAGCCCUAUCAUCGCCCUCAAUUCCAGGGUACCCAUUCCCAAACGUCAUUAUGUCAGGCCCGCCAACCCCUCCUCCACCAAACAGCUCCACGUCCGUAGUACCUGCCACGUUCUUGGCAAGGCUAAAAAGCUUGUGUGCUACCGAAGUUCACAUGCGCCCGCCGCUAGAAAUAUACCUCGCAGAUUUAUUUACCGCCACGCGGCAUUUUGGUGCACUAGAUGCUAUAAUGCUCACUGCGCGUGCGCGACAAGACGCGGAGGUCCUCGCGCGGGCCGCUCGGUUGCUCGGGGUCGAUCAAACAGGGGCAGAGCUGAUUAAGGAAGUGGCGAUCGGUGCUCCCGAGCGUAUUGAUGAGGACAGCCUCACCGAACGCGGAUAUCCCCAUUCUAGCACGAACACCCAGAGCUUUGAGGCACUUAUCGAUGGCUCCGCACUGCCAUACGAUAUCCCUGAAGUGACUAGUCUCCAUACUCACCGCAGUAUGCGGAGUGCGCCCAUUGAAGAUGAAGAGCUGCUAGAACUGGAUGUGUCCGAAGCGGAUGUGGCGAGGAUUUUCCCUCGGGUGGUGUCACAUCGUGUCAGGGUGAGAGACUCGCCUGUGGAUGAAAUUUUGAGUAGCGCAGUUUGCGGGGCUGUGAGUCGACCGGGGUUCAUGCCAAAAGGACUGAAUUCAGAAGACUGGGAAGAGGGGUCCACUGAUGUGCAUGAUGCAGAUACCGUUUGGGAGCGGGAAACAGUCAAAGAUAUAUUGGUAUACGUACUUUCCAAAGUAUGACUGUUGGUAUGGUACUAAUCUACCUGUCUAAUCGAUGAAACAUCUUCCA